AUGGAAGACCAAAAAACUAAGCCUUAAUACGCAAACUGGGCCGAAGGUGAUUCAGACGAUGAUGGAUCUGAUGAUGGUGAAAUUGGAAUCUAAUAAACCAGCAAUUAUCAGAGUCGUCAAGGAGAAGUUAAAUAUUAAGCCUAAAGAUAAGAUGAGCGCAGAGGAGGUGAUGAAGGUGCUGAACAAGAGGAAAACCCAGAAAAUGAAGAAUAUGGACAAAGAAACUACCAAGUUCGCAGAGGCGGCGCAGGAAGAGGUAGAGGAGGAAGAGGAAGAUAUUAUGAUUAAGAAGGACAAAAUAAUCAAGAAGGAGGAGAGAAUAGAGGAGGAUAUAGAGGUGAUCGCGGUGAUCGUGGAGAUCGCGGUGGAAGAGGAUAUCGUGGUGAUAGAGGAGACCGCGGCGGUAGAGGAGGCCGUGGGGAUCGUGGAGAUCGUGGCGGCAGAGGCGGAAGAGGUGGCUACGAUAGACCACCAAGAGAAAGAGAAGAAAUUGAUAAGAAUACUAAUUAUAGGAAGUUUUAUCUCUAUGAUACAGGCUUUUAUCUCAAUAUCUUGGAAAAUGAGGAGCCAGGCCAAUUUGGAAAUGAAUUUAAGUUACAUGUGUUCAAGCAAAAAGAAGAGCUUGAUUUCAAUUAAUAAUUCGAAGUUGAGAUGAUGAGUUAUUUAGCAGAUUUGGGUGCUGAAAAAUCAUCAUUCUUCACUAUGAGAUCAAGAGAUGGGAACGCAGCUAAUGAUAAAUUAAGAGUAACUUUCUGGGUUUAAGAUAAAGAAAAAUCUAUUAGUAUCUACAAACAUUUCACUGAUAAUAAAUCUAUUAUGGAUGAUUCAGCCAGAGUAGCUAUAUACUUGCAAAAGAAUGAAGAAGUAUUUGUGAGAUACGGCGAUAUUGAGGCUGAAAAGCAUGAGAAAUAAUAGUAAGAGAGAAGAGGUUAAAGACCUUACCAAGAUAGACAAGGUUAGGACAGACAAGGUUAAGAUAGACAAGGUGGCUAUGGGGAUCGAAGAGGAAAACCUAGAGAGGGUGGUAACUAAUUCUAGCAUCAUCACAGUCAUCAUUAAUAAAUUGAAAAGACACAAGAAGAGUUGAAAUAAGAAGCAGAGGCUAGCGGUAUUAAGUUUAAGGGGGAAAGACCAACUUUCCUUAAACAGUAAAAAUCAGCACCUGUUGAGACUGAAAAACAACCUGAAGUUGAGUAAGAAGAAUAAAAAGUUGAAAAACAACCAGCAUCAAGACCUUAAAUUUUGUAGAAAGAUUCAUACUAAUCAGCAUCAUAAGAUUAAGGAGAACCAAGACAACAAUAAUAGACUGAAGGGUAAAGAGAUCAAUUCCAAAGAAAUGUAGGAAAUAGAGAAGAUAGAGGAGGAGAAAGAAGAUAUUAGAGCAAUAGAGGAGGAGAUAACUAUGUUCCUAGAGGCCAAAGAGGCAGUUUCUAAAGAGGUGGAUUCAGAGGAUAGAGAGGUGGAGCACAGUAUAAUUAAAAUAGAGAAGACAGACCAGAUAGAUAAUAUCCACCAAAAGAUGAAGAUUAUGAAGAUCUAAAUUAAGAUGAAGAUUUUGACGAAGAUUAGAAUCCAAGAGUUAAAGAAAUUGAUACCAGAGUUCAUAAGUACGUAGCAAAAAAGAAGACAAGCACUUAGGAAUAAAGCUAGGAAUAAUAAACAAGCAGUCAAACUAAUGAAGGCAAAGAAGAAGUAAAGGAAGCAUAUAACUCAGAGAGACCUGCUUAAUAGUACAGAAAAGACUCAUAUCAAAAAUAUGAUAAUAGAGAUAGAGACUACAACUCAAAUCAAGGAAAUAAUGAAUACAGACCUAGAGGUGGUAGAGGUCGAGGUGGCAGAGGUGGCUAUGAAAGAAAUGACAAUAGAGAGGGCCAAAAUUCUCAACAAUAACCCAAAACUCAAUAUCAAAGAAAGGAACACAAUAUUGAGAGAUCAAAUAAUGAUGAGUAAAAUCAAUAAAAGAAUGAACCCAGAGCCGAUAAUCAAGAGUCAAGGCAUCAUGAAUAAAGGCAUCAGUCGAAUCAAGAUUCUUAAAAUGAAAACCAACCCAGAAAGCCUAAGGAAGAAGUUAAAAGGUAACCAAAAGAAAAACCAGUCGUUAAGCCCCCAGUCCCAGUUAAAGAAGACCCCAAAAAGAAAGUAGUUACUAAGCCUAAGUUUACAAACAGGUUUGCAGCUUUAGCUGAUAAUUGA